UCGUGGAAAUGACGUCAUUGACAGCAAGAUGAAAUACGGAAAUUAGAAAUGGCUGCGAUGGGUAGUGGACGGGGAACUAUGGAUUCCCAAAAUCAAGUGCAAAGUGAUACUGUAGAUCGUUUAAAAUUGCUUUAUCCUAACGUGAACGAAGAUGAAACACCUUUACCAAGAGCGUGGAGUACUAAGGACAAAUUCAGCUACAUUGGUUUAUCGCAAAAUAAUCUUCGAGUCCAUUACAAAGGUCAUGGCAAGACUCAUAAGGAUGCAGCGAGCGUGCGGGCCACGCACCCUAUCCCGGCGUCGUGUGGGCUCUAUUACUUCGAGGUCCGCAUCGUGUCCAAAGGCCGCGACGGCUACAUGGGCAUCGGGCUCUCCGCUCACGGCGUCAAUAUGAACCGCUUACCUGGCUGGGACAAGCAUUCGUACGGGUACCACGGCGACGACGGCCACUCCUUCUGCUCGUCCGGCACGGGCCAGCCGUACGGGCCCACCUUCACCACUGGUGACGUCAUCGGCUGCGGAGUCAACCUCGUAGACAACACCUGCUUCUACACGAAGAACGGGCACCAUCUAGGCAUCGCGUUUCGUGGCUUGCCGCCGAACCUGUACCCGACGGUGGGGCUGCAGACGCCCGGCGAGGUGGUGGACGCGAACUUCGGGCAGCAGCCCUUCGUGUUCGACAUCGAGGACAUGCUGCGCGAACUGCGCGCGCGCACCCGCCUCGCCAUCGACGACUUCCCGCUGCCCGACGAGGCGCGCUGGCAACAGGUGCUGCACAGGAUGGUGUCGUCGUACCUGGUGCACCACGGCUACUGCGGCACGGCGCAGGCGUUCGCGCGCGCCACCGCACAGCCCAUCGUCGAGGACAUCGCUUCCAUCAAGAACAGGCAGCGGGUAUCCAAACUGGUGCUGGCGGGCCGCAUCGGCGAGGCCAUCGAGCUGACGCGGCGGCUGUACCCCGGCCUGCUGGAGCGCGACCAGGACCUGCUGUUCCUGCUCAAGUGCCGCCAGUUCGUCGAGAUGGUCAACGGCUCGGACUCCGAGGUAACGUUACUUGCAGACUCCAGCGUCAAGUACGAAGCAUCACUGGUGCUGGGACUCAUCGGCGAGGCCAUCGAGCUGACGCGGCGGCUGUACCCCGGCCUGCUGGAGCGCGACCAGGACCUGCUGUUCCUGCUCAAGUGCCGCCAGUUCGUCGAGAUGGUCAACGGCUCGGACUCCGAGGUAACGUUACUUGCAGACUCCAGCGUCAAGUACGAAGCAUCACUGGUGCUGGGACUCAUCGGCGAGGCCAUCGAGCUGACGCGGCGGCUGUACCCCGGCCUGCUGGAGCGCGACCAGGACCUGCUGUUCCUGCUCAAGUGCCGCCAGUUCGUCGAGAUGGUCAACGGCUCGGACUCCGAGGUAACGUUACUUGCAGACUCCAGCGUCAAGUACGAAGCAUCACUGGUGCUGGGACUCAUCGGCGAGGCCAUCGAGCUGACGCGGCGGCUGUACCCCGGCCUGCUGGAGCGCGACCAGGACCUGCUGUUCCUGCUCAAGUGCCGCCAAGGCGUCAAGUACGAAGCAUCACUGGUGCUGGGACUCAUCGGCGAGGCCAUCGAGCUGACGCGGCGGCUGUACCCCGGCCUGCUGGAGCGCGACCAGGACCUGCUGUUCCUGCUCAAGUGCCGCCAGUUCGUCGAGAUGGUCAACGGCUCGGACUCCGAGGUAACGUUACUUGCAGACUCCAGCGUCAAGUACGAAGCAUCACUGGUGCUGGGACUCAUCGGCGAGGCCAUCGAGCUGACGCGGCGGCUGUACCCCGGCCUGCUGGAGCGCGACCAGGACCUGCUGUUCCUGCUCAAGUGCCGCCAGUUCGUCGAGAUGGUCAACGGCUCGGACUCCGAGGUAACGUUACUUGCAGACUCCAGCGUCAAGUACGAAGCAUCACUGGUGCUGGGACUCAUCGGCGAGGCCAUCGAGCUGACGCGGCGGCUGUACCCCGGCCUGCUGGAGCGCGACCAGGACCUGCUGUUCCUGCUCAAGUGCCGCCAGUUCGUCGAGAUGGUCAACGGCUCCGACUCCGAGGUGAGCGGGCUGGCGCGCUGCGUGGCGGGCGCAGGUGCGGGCGCGGGCGCGGGCUGCGGCUGCGGCGCCACCGUCAUCGCGCACACCGGCCGCCCGCCCGCCACCAACGGUGUACAGGGUAGCACGUCAGAGGAGCACGCAACAAAUUGUGACGUAGACAUGCCGCCUGCGCCGCACGCCACCAACGGCGCUCACACAGGGACGGUGCUCAAGGGCAUGCCCGGCGUCACCGCCAGCGUGGCCGCGCUGCUGCCCUUCCCAGAGGCGGCGGGCGGGUGCGGCGCGCGCGCGUCGGUGGAGCGAAUGCUGUCCUUCGGCCGCGAGCUGUACGCCAUGAGCCAGAAGCUGCAGCAGGACCGCCACCACAAGUCCAUGCUCGAGAACGCGUUUAGUUUACUAGCCUACAGCAAUCCCUGGGACAGCCCCGUGGGCUGGCAGCUGGAGCCCGUGCGCCGCGAGUACGUUUCCGAGGCGCUCAACUCCGCGAUACUCGGUGUCUCCAACUCUUCAGAGGCGGCGGGCAUGCAGUGGCGCUCGCCGGUCGAGGAGUGCGUGGCUCACUCGCGCGCGCUGCUGCAACGCAUGGCCGCGGCCGGGCUGGGCGCCUGCGCCUUCGCCGACCUGCCCGCGCUGCUGCGCCGCUGACCGCCCCGGUGCGUGCCCACACUACACUAGCAGGGCUGCUGCAGCGCACGGCGGCGGCCGGGCUGGGCGCCUGCGCCUUCGCCGACCUGCCCGCGCUGCUGCGCCGCUGACCGCCCCGGUGCGUGCCCACACUACACUAGCAGGGCUGCUGCAGCGCACGGCGGCGGCCGGGCUGGGCGCCUGCGCCUUCGCCGACCUGCCCGCGCUGCUGCGCCGCUGACCGCCCCGGUGCGUGCCCACACUACACUAGCAGGGCUGCUGCAGCGCACGGCGGCGGCCGGGCUGGGCGCCUGCCCGCAGCCGACCUGCCCGCGCUGCUGCGCCGCUGACCGCCCCGGUGCGUGCCCACACUACACUAGCAGGGCUGCUGCAGCGCACGGCGGCGGCCGGGCUGGGCGCCUGCGCCUUCGCCGACCUGCCCGCGCUGCUGCGCCGCUGACCGCCCCGGUGCGUGCCCACACUACACUAGCAGGGCUGCUGCAGCGCACGGCGGCGGCCGGGCUGGGCGCCUGCGCCUUCGCCGACCUGCCCGCGCUGCUGCGCCGCUGACCGCCCCGGUGCGUGCCCACACUACACUAGCAGGGCUGCUGCAGCGCACGGCGGCGGCCGGGCUGGGCGCCUGCGCCUUCGCCGACCUGCCCGCGCUGCUGCGCCGCUGACCGCCCCGGUGCGUGCCCACACUACACUAGCAGGGCUGCUGCAGCGCACGGCGGCGGCCGGGCUGGGCGCCUGCGCCUUCGCCGACCUGCCCGCGCUGCUGCGCCGCUGACCGCCCCGGUGCGUGCCCACACUACACUAGCAGGGCUGCUGCAGCGCACGGCGGCGGCCGGGCUG